CUAUCGCUGCAGGAGAAAAAAUGGUGAGAGAGGAGGAGAAAUCGAAGUGGUGGUGGUUCGAGAGUCAUCCCAAGAGCUCCAAGCAUUCUCAAUGGCUUCACUCAACACUCUCUGAGCUCGACGCCAAGACAAAGUCGAUGCUGAUGCUCAUCGAAGGAAACGCUGACUCUUUCGCCCAGCGUGCUGAGGCUUACUACAAGAAACGUCCUGAGCUUGUCAGCUUUGUCGAAGACUUCUAUCGAUCCCACCGUUCCUUAGCCGAGCGAUUCGAUCACUUGCGUUCUUCCGACCACCCCUCUCGCUCCUCUAAGCUUCCCCAAGAAUCCGUUUCUGACAGCAACUCUCUCUUUGAGUUUGAAGAUGCCGAUUCUGAGAUUGAAGACCCCGAUCAUGAGGAACACGACUCCUCUAGCAAAUUCGACCAAGAAACGUUGAAGCUGAUCCACGAGAGUGAUGCUCUGCGGAAGCAGCUUCUGUCCAAGGACGAAGAGAAGAGAGAGGUCAUUAGACAGCUUUCUCUAACUCUGGAGGCGCUCAAAGACGAGAACUCAAGGCUCAAGAGACUCCUUGGCCUCCACUCUCUCAAGAAGCCCACUGUUUCCCAUGUCAAUUUCUUCGGGAAGCUGUUUUACACCAUGUGCGAUGCCAACAACAAGGUCGUUUAGUUGGCUCAUUCAUCUACCUCAUGAGCUUAACUUAGCUUGUCUCUCUAUCUCGUUUCAAUUUCCUCUGUCUAUUAAGGUUUAAAAGAUCUGUCCUAGUCCUUUCCUGCUGUAUUAAUGGACCGAGACGAGAUCAUCGUGUAAAUUAUAUUAUAUAUCCUGCUUAAUGCAUGUUUUCUCAUUUCUUCAA